AUGAAACUAUUCAAACGAUCUCGGAAUACUAAUAAUAUCAACAAGGCUGAACAUCAUCAGCAGCAACACCACGCAGCUCGAUCAAAAUCAGCAGCUCCGCUCCAUGAGAAGCCUCGUUCGGAAGAAUACGUUUAUAUUCCGAGUCGCUUUGGGUAUGACUACGCACCACCAUCGUUGCUAGCGCCUUCUCAUUCUGUCGAUAAUUCUACUGUGCAACAUUUGAGCAAAAUGCUGUAUGCCGAAGAGCCAGUUUCGGACAUUUCGGGGAAUACGGCUUCGUUGUCGUCGUCGUCCCAAUAUAAGCAAGGGGUGGGCGAUGUAGUACGGGAACAUCAGGAAUACGAAUCAAAAUACCAGAAAACGCCACAAGUGUCAAACAGAAUACAAAAGCCGGGAGGUAGCAAGAGUCACUGGAGACCGUCAGAGCAGGAACAACGGCAGCGUUUAUCCGAGCAACAAAAGAGGCAACGAGCUGAAAAGCUACGAGAAAUUUCUGCGCCAUAUGGACCACCACAGGGGUAUUAUGAAGAACGACAACAAGUACCAUCACAUCCUUAUCAUCAUCGAUCCAUGUCUGAAGAAAGCAGGCAGACUGUCGAACGAGUGCCGACUUUGCGCGAUGUUCCUUCUGUAGAUUCUGGGCUGCAGUACAUUAGGGAACGGUCGCAACAAUCUAGGUAUUCCAUGGGAGACUCCAUAGCAAGCAGCCAACGGAGCAAUAUUCAAACAAGACAGCAACCACAGCAGGGGAUCCCACAGCAAUCGGUGGCCAGUAGUCAGCGCAGCCAACAAAGAGGACGGCAAACACAACAAGGGAUCCCGCAAUAUUCGGUGACAAGCAGCCAACAACGGAGCACCAUCCAAAGAAGACAGCAAAUACAGGGGAUCCCACAGCAACCGGUGGCCAGUAGUCAGCGCAGCCAAGGAAUAAGACAGCAACCGAUGCAGCCUCCAAGAACACAAGGUCUUGCGUCCCAUAGUAUGGAUGCGAGUACAAUUACAACCUUGCCGGAAACCUUUGGACAAGGAACCUAUUAUCGACAGCACCAAGCAAGAGCUUCGAGGGCUUCUGCUGGUCGGCCUCCGAUGAACGAUCGGCACAUGUCAAGCUAUCAGCCACCACAAAGUGACAAGGUUGCAGCGAGUCAAACAAGUGCCCGAGAACGAAAGCGAAAUAUUGAGCGAUCUUACAAUGAUUACCUGAUGCGGGAACGAGGGUGGGUGCCAACAGAAUUGGUCACGGCCGAUGUAGUGAAAACUUCCAACAAGAAGAACAAGAUUGUAGCUUCUAAAAAGCUCCUUCGCAAUCAGACUGCAGCGCCCAGUGAAUACUUGGCUCCAACGAAUAUGGUGGAAACAAGCAAAGAAGAAAAACGAGCUCCAAUUGCUCCCGUGGUGCCAGAGUCACCCAAGAGGAAAGGGUUUUUCAAGAGAUUGUUUGGAAAGGGAAAAUCCAAAAAAUCAUUAAAAACUGGAAAGCAAGCACAGGCUGCUAGUAGCUCAAAGAAGAAACUUCCUCGUAUGCAAGUAGACCCUCCAAGUAAAGGAACCAUCCGGGGAGUGAAUCCAGCGAAGGGUAGCACCUCUGCUUCAACAGGGACAAUGUCGCGCAGUACGGAUAUUGGAAGUAAGACCAAGAUGUACAGCCAACCAGCGGCAAGAAAAUCCAUGGAAAAUGACACUCCGUUGUCCAUGGUGGCUGCUCGCUCCAUAGCUUCUUCGCACAAGAAGUAUGGUUCACAUGUUGGCCGGGAUUCUAAAGAUGCUGGUAUUCAGUAUAGCGCUAGUGCUCAAUCAAAGGGUUCUUUCAAUAAGCAAUCCUUGCAACAACAACAGUCUGCUGCGAGCAGUGCAAAUCGGUCCACUGCCUCCAACAAGAUUUUCUUCCCGGAAACAUCAUCGGCUGGUGGUCGUACAAGUGCUGCUGGCAGUUCGAGACAUCCAGCCGAUGUCAGUACAAAGUUUUAUUCCACAAGUAGAACGGCACUGCAAUCUCAACUGUCUUCCCAUGCAGGUGGCAACGUUGGAUCCGGUGCCAGCACGGCUCGGUCCUCUAACUUUGACCGCCGACAGAUCCAAUCAGGUAGUCUUGGGAGCUCCAAACGAUCCAAUGCGUCGUCCACUUCAUAUUCUAGGGCGGUAACCAACUCGAUGCUUUCUUCGCAGUAUUCUCAACGCUCCUCGGGUAGCCGCCAAUCAGGACAGGUAUCCAAUUCGGCUUCUCAAUAUGGUCUUCAGACGAGAAGGUCGCGCGAUGAUUGGAAACCCGACCCAAGGAUGCCGGAUCCUUGGUUGAAACCGCGGGCAAGCAAUGUUAUCAUUAGGGGAAGGCACAGAACAAGCAGCAGCAGACCACCGUAUACCGAGGGACGUGCUGUUGAUGCAUUGACUAGCUUUCUCGGUUUCAGUUGUGUCUAA